AUGGAACUGCCAGAUUUCACCAGCCUUUGGGAGGCCAGUAAUACGUUACAGAAAUUACAAGAAAGUCUCCUCAAGGAAUCCUUGCCUAAAAUCCAAGGAGGCAAUCAAAAAUACCGAAGACGCGAUCCCGAAUCGUGCCAUAACUACUACAGCGACGGUAUCUGUGGUGUUUCCUUCGGCAUCGCAGAGCCUGAGUUUGCCAAUCCCUUAGCGACGUGUUGUCAGCAGCACUUCUUCACUGCUGCGGAAUUUAACCGCCAUACCACAGAGCACAUCGUUUGUCCAGGUGUGCCUGGGACGGAGGACAGUAGCUGCGGUCGUAGUAUUCACCCUACUGCCAUUGCCUUUCACCUGGAGACAGAGCAUGCCAUCGCCAACUCGACAACAGACGCCAGGAGGCAUGACGAACAAAGCGAUCCUGCUCUCAAGAGGUGGCGUGAAGCAAGACGCAGAAACUAUCCGACAUUUGAACGCGUCCAAGCAAAGAUUCGCGAAGUGGGCUACCGCAUUGAUCGCGGGCAAGUGCUACUGACUCGAAAAUUCGGUUCUCUGAACUCACGAAAGCCUCAGGAAUUGAAAAAGCCGCGGGAUGAAAACAGCAAGAGACCAAAGCUGGAGACUAACUGUGCUGAAACCCUUCCUUCAGUAGAACAGGAAGGAACACCUGAAGGUGUGGCGGACUUGCCAACGGUACAAGACGAGGAGGCUACUUCUAUGCAUCCCGCCGCGCCUCCACUUGUUAGUUACGACAGCGAUGCUAGUUGGUCCGAACGGUUGGAAGAGGCAGACGAGAUUAAGACUCCUACGACCUUGCUUACGAAGAAAACGCUUCUCGAGCAACUUGAAACCGUUCAUCCGAAAAAUGUGCAAGAGAAAGACGCUGACGGAGACACUCAAGGCACACUUGCCACCAACAGUAAACCUAAAUUUCCAGCUUCAGAAAGAUGCCGAAACAGCCGCUCCAAUCGAGAAAAACGAGGAGGGCGGAGGAGAGAACGACGAAAUCGGCCAAAGAGAGAUGUAGAGGAUGGGGCUGCUCCGACAGCAUCCACAGAAGCGGAUGAUGAGGAGUUGGAAAUCGAUGAGGUGUCCGCGAGGGGCGGAGUUAAAGCGUUUGCUGCUCAUCCCCUCGUUCAGAUGUUCGCUAAACGCCGUAACUGCAUGCGACACGCUUCGUUGAUUAGUAAGAGGCCCACCCUGCUGCAGAUGCUGCUUGCUGAGGAAAUGCGGCAUGAGAGGAACCAGCUAAUGCAGUGUGUGCGUUUUGUCGUAAAAAAUAACUUCUUCCUCCCUAAAUGA